GGCGACACUUCAGGUGGCCUAUUAGGGUUUGAUUGGGAGGGACGGAAGUUGGAGAACAAUUUGCUGCGAUCCUCGUCAUCCUCUCACAUGGAUCUCACCGAGCUGGAGUACAAACACCGCGGCUGGAUGGAGGCGAGGAGCAGGAGUAGUUCAGGUGUCUGAGGAGGUCUGAACGCGCUGCAGAGGAGAACAAACGGAAAGUCUGUGGUUUCUAAACAUGCACGGGAUGAGAAGUGAGGAUUCUGCUGGGUUUUCGCACAGAUCAUGGCUGUGAAAUCCCGGACGUUCUCCGGCGGCUGCUCCGUAAAGUGUUUCUGGUGAUGCCGUGCCAGGUGUCCGCGGCGUGAACGGGAACCAUGGCUCUGCUCGUCGUCCCGCUGCUCCUCCAAACGGGGCUGGUUCUUGGCUCCAACUACGGCUACGUGGAGUGGUCGGACAAUGACCGAGACGACAAGAGCCCGCCGGUGUUCAGUACCCAGAACAUCAACAGGGAGCCGCCCCACCAACACCCCACCUACAACCCGCUGCCCGCCACCGAGCGCGCAGUGGUGGCGCACAAAAUCGAGGAGGACCUGCCCAGGGUGGUGACCGCCUUCCUGCACACCGGAGACUCCUCCGCGCUCCGCCAGGUCAACUGUUCCCGGAGGUACGAGCUGAGCAGCCUGAGAGGCGGCCUGCACGUCGCCUCCCACUACUCCUUGCACAGCAUCCUGGACACCGUAGCGCACGCCACAAACUUCCUCAACAUGAUCCUGCAAGCCAACAGGUCCCGGGAGCUCAGCCUGCGCAAGGACAUCCAGUGGUACCACGCGCUGGUGCAGAGCAUCCUGGAGGGGGACCCCAAAAUCCACAGGGCGGUGGUGACCCUGCACACGGACGCACCGACCCCGGGACCUCACGUUUUUCUGCAGGCGACCAGGACCGAGAAGGAGGUGGUGCUGCAGGACCUGUCCGGCUCCGCGCACCGCCACCUGAAGAGCAGAGCCCCGGAGUCCGAGUGGUUCAACGAGUUUCGGGACGGCAGGAGGCCACACACGCACCGAAGAGUCCCGGAGGCUUCGGGCUCCAAGAGUGGAAGUUACCUGCUGGACAAGAACCAGAUCAAGUGGUCUGCGCCCUACCUGGAGUGUGAGCACGGAGCCUUUGUGCCCUACUGGCUGCUCACCCUGUCUGCUGGCUUCUAUGGGCUGAAGAGCAACUCAGCACCGGAGUUCAGAGGUGUCGUUCGUGUGGACGUGAACCUGCAGGACGUGGACAUUGACCAGUGCUCCAACAGUGGCUGGUUUGCUGGGACUCAUCGCUGUAAUCUCACCAGUAUGGAAUGCACUCCCAUCGUGGGCCAUGGAUUUGUGUUGGACAAGUACAAGUGCCAGUGCAGGAGAGGAUUUUACCAUCCGAGCCGAGUGGCGCUCAAUGGCUUUAAAAGUAAGGAGCAGGGCAAAGACGAACCCUCCGACACGUCCACUAAGUGCCUGCCGUGCCGUGAGGGCUGCCCGUACUGUCGAGACGACACUCCCUGUCUGGUGCAGGAGGACGGAGCUCUGAGGCUCGCUGUGGCCUCCUUCCAGGGUCUGUGCAUGGUGCUGGACCUGGCCAGCAUGGUGGUGGUCUACCACUUCAGAAGGAACAAGAGCAUCCGUACAUCUGGACUCAUUCUGCUGGAAGCCAUCUUGUUUGGGGCGUUACUGCUCUACUUCCCAGUGAUGAUCCUGUUUUUCAACCCCAGCGUGUUCAGAUGUAUCCUCCUGAGGUGGGUUCGGCUGCUGGGUUUCGCCAUCAUGUACGGCACCGUCGUCCUCAAACUGUACAGGGUGUUGAAGGUGUUUCUGUCCCGCACGGCCCAGAGGACGCCCUACAUGACCAGCUGGAGGGUCCUGAGGCUGCUGGCGGUGAUCCUGUUGGUGGUGCUGUGGUUCCUGGUGGCGUGGACCUCGGCCGUCUGCCAGAACCCGGAGCUGAGUCGGGCCCUGAUCGCCGCAGGCCUCACCCCAGAGAGAAUGCAGUUCAGCAUGUGUCUGCUGGACCGAUGGGACUACAUGAUGUCAGUUGCUGAAUUCCUGUUCCUGCUGUGGGGCGUCUACUUGUGCUAUGCCGUCCGAACCGUCCCCUCGGCCUUCCACGAGCCUCGCUACAUGGCUGUUGCCAUCUACAAUGAGCUCCUCAUAUCAGCCAUCUUCCACAUCAUCAGGUUCUCCCUGGUGCCGGGACUCCACCCCGACUGGAUGCUCAUGUUGUUCUUUGCUCACACUCAUCUGACCGUGACUGUGACUCUGGGUCUGCUGCUCAUUCCAAAGUUCAUCUCCAAAGGGACCCAGGCCAGGGAUGAUAUUGCCACCGAGGCCUAUGAGGAGGAACUGGACAUGGGAAGAUCUGGUUCGUACCUCAACAACAGCAUCACCUCGGCCUGGAGUGAACACAGCCUGGAUCCCGAGGAUAUACGGGAUGAGUUGAAGAAGCUGUACGCCCAGCUGGAGGUCUACAAAUGUAAGAAGAUGCUCGCCAACAACCCUCACCUCCAAAAGAAGCGCAACUCCAAGAAAGGCCUGGGCCGCUCCCUGAUGAAACGGAUAACGGAGAUCCCGGAGACCAUGCACAUACACCGGCAGUGUAGUCGUGACGACGGCAGCGAACACGGCAGCAACCGCAGCACCUUGAGGAGAAACCCGUUUGAGCCGAGCAACCACGGAAAACAUCGAGAUGAUUCCCUGAAGAACAAAGUCAUGGGUUUGAAGAAGUCUCUCAGCUAUGAUCACGUCUGUGACCAGGAUGAAGAAACUGGAAGCCAAACUGGCUCAGUUGCAGGAGACAAAAUGACUCCCGUAGGAGGCGGAGGAGAAGGAUCUCUUCUGGGUUCCCUCAUCGGCCGUAAACACGGCAAGAAGCAGCUGGAACCGGCUCCGACUCCUCCAAGGCUGGAACCAGCCGAGUCCACUGAGUCGGUGCCGCUGUUCUGGAAAUCAGCCAGCGCUCACAACCUCACGCAUGAGAAGAAACCCGUGCACCUGCGCACCUCCAUCAUGCAGAAGUCUCUGAGCGUGAUCGCGAGCGCCAAGGAGAAGAUGCCGGGACUCACCAACAAGACUCAGAGCGUGGAGGACGCCAGCAAGAAGGGUCUGAAGGGGCAGGAGGGCAGGAUGCUGUCAGAGGUGGACGAGACACCGGAACAUUACCCCAAGAUGAUCAUCAGCCAAUCGGUGGAGUAUUCAAAGACCCCCAUGAAGAUGGGCAUCAUGAAGCAACAGGUGAGCGGCAGUCAGCCGUCCAUUUGCUCUGAAACUGGGAGGAACCUUUACGACGUGUCUGAGGUUUGUCCCUGGGAGCUGGAAGAGGCUCAGACUCCCUCUGAAACCAAAACCCAGAAGCAUGUUUCCAUCGCUCCAGGAGAAACCACAGCUGGAGGCCGCAGAGGCAGCAGCAGCUCUGGAAUCAGUAAAGGCAGUCGAUCCCAGCAGAGGCAGAAAGCCGGUCAGUCUCCUUCCAACAGACGCCGCUCCAAAGACAAAGGAGGCGACAGGGACGAAGGAAGGGAACCUCGAAAGUCUCGUCCUCCCAGGUCACCGCUGCCUCUCAAACCAGAUGUGUGUCCCUGGGAGUUCGAUGAGCAGCCGAUGGUGGGAGGAGAUUCAGAUUCCCUCUCCCCAGAUAGAAUCAGACGCAAAAAAAGCGUCACCCCCACUGAUGGGAAACCCAAAGGGCUCCACUCUGAUCACUCCAAGUCCACAGGGAGCCUUCUGCAGCCUCCGUCCCUGAUGGUGGAGAUCUGCCCCUGGGACUAUAACAGCCCGCCUUCGCCCAAGCAGGAGAAGAUCUGCAGCAGUCCCACCACGCACAAGAAGAAGCGGAAAGGCUCCUGCUCGUCCAACCACAAAGCCGAGAAGGAGAAAGGGAGGGAGAAGAGCAAAGAGAGACGGAGCUCCUCCAGCAAGCCGCCGUCGGAGAGGAGGCGGGUCAGCCAAUCAUCGGAGUGCAGCGGGCCGCCGUCUGAGAGGCGGAGGAGCUCCACCAGAGACCCGGAGCUGAUGGAGGUCAGGAGGGCCGAGGUUUACUCCAGGGACGCCGAGCACUCACACAGCAGCUUGGCUCAGACUAAAAAAUCACCAGAGAAGAAGAAAGAGAGCUCUUUGAGUACUAGUUACAAACCUGCAGUCAUCAGCGGGGCAAAAAAGGUCGAUGUUUGUCCCUGGGACUUUCCAGAGCAAGACUCUGGGAAGAGGGCAUGAUGACUGGUGGGACAAUCGUGUUUUUUUUAUUUAUUCACAGACUGACAGCACAGAGAACAAAGGAAUGAUAAAGAAAUGAUAAGAAAAUGUUUCUCUAAGUCACCUUAGUUAAAAAAAAAGAUACGGUGAGGAAAGAAAAGGAGACAUUUAUCCUGCUGCCCAUUGAUGCAAUCCAGACAUGAGCAAACAUCUCGUCUUUACAUUUCAACCUUGAAGUCACUUUAAAGGAAACUUUUUCGUCCGCACUUUUUGCUUGCACAUUUGUUGACAUAGUUUGUAUGUUUUAUCUCAUGGAGGUGAAAAGAAUCAUAGCUGUGUUCACCAGCAGAGCAGACAAUCAUUCAUCAUGAACAUCCCCUGAUGAUGUCAGAAACAGAACAAGAAGCAGGCAGCAGCAGAAGAGGAGACGAAAAAAAAGAAAAACGAAGGAAAGAAGCUCUGAGAAGCAGGACCAAAGCCCCAGACACAGCUGUGAUGCCUUAUCUUUAGGCCAAAUGCAUAAUUCAUGGCACGACGAUGAUCUGUUAGAUUAGAGAAACGUGGGAAUAACAAAGGAUUGUCCUGCAGCUAAAUGAGGAGAACUGUAUGUUUUAGUAAGACUUCUCCAUAUACAGUGUGUGUUUUUCUAUCAAAAAACCAAACAGAACAAAAAAAAGGCAUGUGGCAAACUAUCAAGCAUCCAAUAACUAAAUGUUUAUUGGUCAACUCGUGCUCAAAUAUGACAGUGGAACUUUAGAUGUUGUUGGUAUUUGUCUCCUUAUGUUACCCACACCAUGCUUUGGAAACCAUAUGCAUUCAAAUGGCUCUGAAAUGUCCACAAGAGUGAUAUUUAUUUACUGUUUGCUCUGUUUCCUCACCCUCUUUUAUUUUUCUAUAUAAGGCCUUCUUGCAUCACAGGCUGUAGUAGCUGCACAUGCACUGAAAAUGUGAUGAAGGACCAAAACCCGAGCUUGAAUGGGGCGGAUAGUGUGAAUAAUGCUUUAUUUUUACCUCCCCUUUUCACUUAGUUGCCCGUUUUCCUUCCACCUGAAUGCAUCUUUCUUCAAAUAUUUUCACAACUGCUUAAACGGUGCAUGACCGAAGCCUUUUGUUUUGUUAUUUGCCACUUUUUAGCCGACAGGAUGACUAAUUUAACCGUUUAAGCAUCAUCUGGAACAACAACAGCAGUCAUCCUCUCUGUCCUGUGAUCAGCCACCCACCACCAACACCUCGUUUAACGCAGAUACACACACACACACACACACACACACACACACACACACACACACACACACACACACACACACACACACACACACACACACACACACACACACACACACACAGCUCAGCUUCAUUACGGUUGUAGAGUGCAUGACAGUGAAAAUACGGGGACGGCGAUGCACUGAAAUUCACCUUAAAGCAUAAAAAAAUCAUUGCAUAUUUUAUGACGUACUUAAAAAGGGAGCUUUCGGAGCACGUGGGAUUUUUCAAAUAUAGAUGUGUUUGUCGAGCAUUAUGGGAAAGGAACGCCCCGCGUGAGAUGUGGAUCUGCAGUAUCAAGGCUGGAUGAAGUGAACACGAUGCGCCGCUCCAACUUUCACAAGCGUCUUUCUGUCGGAGUUUUCGAGGCUGUUUGAAAUGAUAAUUUCAUUUCCCACUACAUGUAUUUUAAUGCUUGUUCUACAGUAUAGUGUUGCUCCAAAACGUUACAAAACUGUUGUAGCAUCCACAUGGGAUUAUUUCUAUUGUACAUUCAUAUUGUGUUGCAUGUACAUACAGUAAAUAAUCUGUUCUCAAUUCUGAAUUAAAUAUUUAUAUAAAGCUCCA